UUCUCUUUUGAGCCAGCACCAUCAGCGUGGAAACUUUCAGAGAUUGGAAGCAGAAAAGAACAAAUUCCAAGCUUCUUUUCUAAAUAAGGCUAUGUAUAUUCAUUUAUAUAUUGUGUUGCAAUUUCAGGUUUGAUCCUCGUUCGGACGAGUUCGGAACUCCCCAAGAACCAGAUUCUCCGGCUGUCGUGGGUGUAAGUUGGUUCUCCAUGUUGCAUGUCGAUCUAAAACGACUUUUAUCAUAUGGAGUGUCGUCCGGAUGUGUACCAUUGACUUUGAUGCACGCAUUCACAUGUCGGAUUGGUUAAAAGUCUACAAAAGGACGACAAAAAUCAACGACGGAGCUCCUCAUGUUUCAUUGCAUUCAGGUGUCCCAUUUGGCCUCGCAGAUUUUUUCUGAGCAAUGAAGCCCUCCGGCAUUAGAACGUCACUUCUUUUUCUUUCUCUACUCGCCUUUCUUCUGUUGGCUAUGCAGCCUCGUCUCUCUCGUGCCGACGUCGGCACCGCCGCUCACUAUAGUCCUCCAUACACGCCGACCGCGUGUUUCGGCAAUGACCCAUCGCAGUUCCCAUCGAGCAACCUCUUUGCGGCGGCAGGAGAAGGGAUAUGGGACAAUGGAGCGUCGUGCGGGAGGCAGUACCUAGUGCGGUGCAUCAGCGCCUCUGUCUCUGGAACUUGCAUUCCCAGCCAGACUAUCCAAGUCCGAAUUGUCGACCGUGCACAAUCCUCAUCCCCACCUCCCUCAAGUAAAGGCGCGACCAUCGUCCUCUCAACGACGGCGUUCGGCACGAUUGCAAAGUCGUCUGCCGCAGCCGUCAAUGUCGAGUACCAGCAGGUAUGAAGGUAGAAAAUAUUCAGCGAUUUGUUAGUACCACGUCAGCAGCAGAUGCCCACUCAGGCAUUCUCAACUCAACUCACAACUACUAAAGUUGACAAGUGCGUGCUGAUGUGGAAUGGAAUAAAAAAUAAAAACAGCACAGUUCAGCCACGGGAAUUUUUGUGCUUCGAUGCAAUGGCCCCUCUCCGCCGCCGUUAGUGGAGUUGCCGGCGCCGCGUCCUUUGCGUGCAAGCCAAGCUACCCCUUCCAGCGUUGCUCGCAAUUGGCUUGAGCCACCUCUCUGUCGUCGCUCAUCCAGAUUUGGAUUUGGAGUUGUGCUUGUCUAGAUCUGCAUCUUGAGUGGUCCCUCCAUUUCUGCUCCUCCAUGGCCACCAGCGACAGAUCUGGCGACCGCGGCUCAUUCAGAAAAUCCAGCCGUCAGGCCUACCCACCUCUCCGCCGUCGCUCAUCUAGAUCUAUAUUUGAGUCGUGCUCGUCCAGAUCUGGAUUUGCAUCUUGAGUUUUGCUUCCGUCUUCGCUCCUCCAUGGCCGCAAGCAACAUAUCCACUGUCAAUCCUAGCCAUGACAGCCAUGCCCAUAGUUAGAGGUUGACCUGAGAUAGAGCGUUAAAAGUUGCAGAUUCUACGGGAAACAAGUGGUGGAAAUUGCAGAUUCGACAGUGAAUUAAGAAAAAUAAAUAACUUUUGCAACUCCCCAGCAGCGUCUCUGGGACGAGUGACACCGAUGGCCAUGGAAGGCCAAAUCUGGAGAGCCAGCAAUGUCACCAGCUAUGGUGAAGCAAGGUCAUAAGUGCCGCUGACGACCAAAUCUGGACAAAAUAGCAGCGUCCUCAGGAUGAGGGACGUCGAUAGACAUGGAUGGCCAGAUCUGGAGAGUUAGCUAGUAUCUGGACCAUGGCUUUACACCAUAUCAACAGAUGACAUGGUAACGGAUCCCUGAAUGUUUUCACGGAGGGCAUACACAUUUGAGUCAUGGCUAUACACCAUAUUAGCAGAUGACAUGGUGGUAACAAAUCAUUGAAUAUUUUCUCAUAGGACAUACGCAUUUAAGCGGGUGAACGACAUUAGAUAUAUUUAGAUUAUUUGUAAUAUUCUAGAUUUUUAUAAUAUUUUAAUAAUCUUUGUGAUUGAUUGUAAUUGAUUUUGUAGUAUUUGUUACUAUAAAUAGUAAUCCUCUAAAUC